GUGAGCAAGUUCGAGAACUUCAGGGACCUCUUGAGGCUCUUCGGGAUUCAGAUUGGUAGCGGAGCCUGUGGUAACCGCGCCACGGGCUCCCACCAGUCUCGUCACGAGGUACCAUCCUGGAACGGUGAGGCAGAGAAGCUGUCGAGCUACCGCUUCGAGGUGUCGAUGUUCGCGAAAAGCAUCAGAGUGAACGACCGCUACGUCUGCGGUCCACAGUUGGUGGAUGACAACGGAAAGUUAGUCGGCUGGGAGAAGGUGUUCAACUAUGUGCUUGAGAAGUUGGACUACACCAGCCUCAACGACACGGGUCUGUUGGCUGAGGAGUUCUUCCUGAAGAUAGGCCGCAACUCGGGAGAGACCUUUGAGGACUGGGCGGCCCGGUUCGAGAAGAAGGAGGGGGAGCUGUUGGCCCAGCUGCAGGCCAUCGACCUGGACGUGAAAGAAGUGCAGCGAAACCUCUUCGCACAUGGUGAAGUGACGGCGACCGCGGGAGGGGAUUUCAACUACGCGAAGACCUACAAGACGUUGCUCACGCGCUUCCCAGCGGAGGCUCUUGCGGAGCUGGAUGGCAAGGCCAAGCGUGAGCGGGCGUUGUUCGAGAACGACUUCGAGGAGGACGAGGGCGAGACUGGUGGGGAAGCGGAGGAGAUCUACGAGCUGGCCGAGCAGCUCCUCAACCUUGCGGACGAGGAGGAGGAGGUGGAGCCCGACGACUUGGAGGCGGACAGUGAGGUGUUCGUGCAGUUUCGCCAAGCUGGCCGGAGCUUCAAGGACAUGCUAAAGGGCGUGGACGUGGACAACAAGAUCGACGAGUUCGCUUUGAAGGUGCGCAAGGUCGGGAGCGGCGCCACUGGAGGCACGACUAACACGCACAACGGCUUCAUCCUGUCGGCCCUGGACGAGUACGUCUACCUGCUUGAGCGCGAGGGGAUCUGGGCCGCGCUGGACAUUGGAGCUACGCGCAGUCUCGGUGGCGUCGAGAGCGUAGAGAACCUCAUGUACGAGAUGCUGGUGAACCACGACGUGGAGUUCGAGACGCACGACGACACCUGCUCCUUCACUUUCGGCGACGGGCUCCAGAAGAGCUCGAUGGGAACUGUCUUUGGACGCGUCUACUUGGGACCGGAGUUUCGAGACAUCAGCCUCUCAGUGAUGGCGAACCGCGUCCCCAUUCUCCUGGGCAUGGACAUCCUGACGGACGACUUGAAGGUAGUGGUCGACUGCGGCCGCAACUGGAUCGGGCUGCCGACGCUGGGCAACAAGGUCUACUACUGCGAGAGGCUCUCGAGCAAGCACCUGGCGAUCAACCUUUCGACACCGCAGUGGUGGCGCGAGGUCUCUCUACCCUUGUUCCUGGAGAGCUGCCACGUCAACAUGACAGAGCGGGACUCCGUCGUGCUGGAUGAGAAGCCGGAGGAGCCCGUGACGGGCUGCGCUGGCUGCCUCGCCGCGCGGAGCCUCGAGGACCUCGAGAGGGUCCACAUCUCCAGGAGAGACCUCGAGCCAGCCCCCUUCGAGUCGACCGAGAGCGACGCGAUGCACGACCGAGAGAAGACCCACGACAUCUCAACGUUCGAGCAGCCCGAGGCCGAUGACGACCAGGGGUUCGAGUGGGACAAGGUGGGGGGCGCUCUCGGGGCCGUCAGGGGCGACACGGAGUCCGAGUACACAGGGGGGCUCCUGGACAUUCUCGGGGACUUCGGAGGCGACGAGAGAUUCCCAGCAGUUCAGCUCUUCCAUAUCCUACAUCAGAACGCGUCUGAUGUCAAGUGGAGACUCUUCUUCGCGACAGCAGCCGCCGUCGGCGCGACCAGAGUGGGCGCGUCCGAGGACUCGGGCAGGAUCCUCACCUGCCACGCCGACGCCAGCCCCUUCGACAGCGGGCUCAGCACCGGCCACACCACCACAGCAGAUGCCGAUCAACAGUCCAACGGGAUCACCAGUGCAGUACCAGCCACCAGGACGAUGCCAGUGCUGCGGGGCUGUGGGACGGACUCGGAGGGGAUGCAGCUGCAAAGGACCACCGCUGCAACCACCGCCACCGCCUCCGACACCACCGAGCUCAACAGUUCGAUCGAGGUGCUCAUGCUGCCAGGCGACGGAGACCGUGAAGAAGCGGGGCCGCUGAAGUCCCUGAAUGACUCGGAUCUCAUCGCGUUCUACCAGGCGCAGAUCAAGGUGAUGGACCAGAUCUACUUCGAGAUUGGCGAGGACACCGUCAACCUGACCAAGACCAAGCGCGCGGACCUCAUGGAGGUGUGCUGCCCGAACGAGUCGUUGCUCGGCAAGGCGGUGGAGGCGCAGCACGGCAGGGUGAUGCGGUGUGGGCUCUUCAACGGCUAUGACAUGGGCACGGCCACAGGAGUCCGCAGGGCCAUGCAUCUCCUUCGACUGGCACGACCUCGACGUUUGGCGUUAAGCCCACCGUGCACAGCAGAUUGUCCCAUCCAGAACCUGAACCAGAAGACGGAGAACCAGAGGAAGCAGCUCUCGAACAAGAUCCGACAGGCGCGCAGGAUCCAGCGGGGGUGUCUGGCUCUGUACGAGGAGGCGAAGAAUAUAGUCGAUUGCCACAUCGAGCUAGAGCAGCCCUGGAACAGCCGCAGCUGGUCGAGGUCACCCUCCAUCAAGAAGAUGCGGUCAGAGAUGCACGAGACGAUCAUUCAUGGGUGUGCCUACGGACUUCGUGACGAGAGGUCUGGACUCUUGGUGAAGAAGGGGUGGCGAGUGUGCUCUACUGACCCCGACUUUGGAGCGAAGGCGGGCCGGCUCUGCUGCAACCGACCGGGACGAGGAGAUAACCAUCUGCAUCGUGUCAUCGAGGACGGACCUCUGGUGGCUCAGACAGCCUUCUAUCCUCCUGCCAUGUGCCGAGCCUGGGCCAAGCACAUCCUCAAGAAGAACGUGACCUCCCAGUACGGCAAGGAGAUCUACGCGGGCCUGGAACAGAUUCCAGAGGAGGACGACGUCGAGAUGUCGGGCGAGUUAGAGGAGCUGAACCCGGAGGAGGACGUCGAGAUGGAGACCGCCGAGGCUUCCCUCAAAGGCUUGGGUGUCAAGACGGAGCUGUCGAAGAAGGAGAUCUCAGAGAUCGAACAGAGACUCGCGCGACUUCAUCGCAACCUGGGGCAUCCCAGCAACCAGACACUCUACAAGAUUCUCAAGGCCUCUGGUGUGGAGAUUCCGAGCGUGCUAGAAGUCCUCGCCACGGACGGACUGGAGUGGCUCUCACCUCAUCAGACCUCCCACAUCAUGACCCUGAGCCUCGACGAGGGGUCCGGCCUCACCAGCGUCGCCUACCACGGGCAGAAGGGCGAGCGCAGCGGCAACCGAUCAGCCAUCGAGGCGCACUGGCUCAUGGGCAAGGUGGAACGUCGCAUACAGCUCUUCAAGCGCCUCAUGACGAAGAUGGCCACCCACGACCCCGAUUGCAGCACGCAGGAGCUGGUCACCUGGGCCGUGAGUGCGAUCAACUCCAUGGACAAGGUGGGGAAUCACUCCCCGUUCGAGCACGUGCUGGGCGUAACAGGGAUGGCACCCUCGAACAACCCCUUCGCCAUCAUCGACGGGGACACCGGCGAGACGCAGGAGCAGAGGAGACUUCUGGCCCACCCGAGCUACCUCGAGUGCGAGUACGCAGAACGGCGACGCCAUGCAGAGCAAGCCAGGAACCGCAUCUACCAGACCUGGGAGGCCGGCGACCUCGUGCACUUCUGGCGUGACGGCAAGGGACGGGAGAACCGACCUGGCAAGAAAGGAGGGUGGCACGGAUUUGCACGAGUACUUGUUCAAGAAAAACGGCAUAUCGACGGCCGCACUCGGGUGACCUCGGUCGUCUGGAUCGCCCACGGGAACACGUUGAUCAGGUGCGCGCCCGAGCAUCUACGACAAGCCUCCGAAACCGAGAAGAUGCUGACCGAACUCAAGAAGCAGGCCUCCCUCGGGAAGACCAUGACAGAGAUCCUGGAGACCGCCAAGGCUGGGACGUUCGAGGACCUGGUGGAGCAGCGCCGCCCGGACCUCACAGCGUACGAGCCCCCGAUGACCACCGAGGCGUCCCGACCAGGUCCAUGGCUCAACCUGAAGCUGAACCAGGCGAACCCUCCGAAGACGCACAGGACCCGGAGAUGGUACCGCCCGCAGCCGCCGGAGAAGCGUCGGAAGGAUAACAACGACAUGGGCGAGAGCGAGCUCUGGGUGGACCUUCAGAAGGACAACCUGGACAUUCUCCUGGGGGCAGACGAGCACCAGACAGUUUACUUCGAGUACAUCAAGAGCGAGGGGGCCGACAGGAGCGCCGACAAGCGCAUGAUGGAGGCAGUUCUCAAUAGCUCCGUCGCCAACCAGCGCCGGAAGGACAAGCUCGAGCUCCCAUUGUCCAAGAUGAACGCAUCCGAGAGGGCAGAGUUCGAGGUGGCUAUCUCUAAGGAGACGGACAACUGGCUUCAGCAUCGUGGACUCCGACCAGUACCAGCGUCUGAGGUCAGGGACAGCGCCGACAUCAUCCGGGCGCGGUGGCUCUUCACGAGGAAGGCGGACGGCAGGGCCAAGGCGCGACUCGUGCUCCUCGGCUACCAGACGAAGGACCUCGGGAAGGAGCCUGCGGCUAGCCCAACUGCCUCUAGACGGGCUCGCAACGUGAUGCUCACUAUCGCGGCUGCGCACAACUGGAAGUUGAUCAAGGGCGACGUCACCUCGGCAUUCCUGCAGGCAAACGAGAUGGGAAAGGACUUGUUCAUCGAACCCGACGCCGUGUUGAAGAAGGCCUUCAUGGUGAAGGAGGGCGAGCUCCUACGCGUCGUCAAGCCCGGGUGCGGCAUCGGGGAGGCCCCACGUCACUGGUGGGAGACGGUGAAGGUCGAUUUCAAGAAGCUGGGACUGCAGCCUUGCGAGCUGGAGCCGUGCAUGUGGCAGGUGCGGUGCCCACAGACCAGACGCCUCAUCGGUAUGGUCAUGGCGCACGUGGAUGUCUUCAUUCUGGCAGGCGACACCGCUCACCCCAAGUGGACCAACAUCGUGUCUCAGAUCCGGAAGCUCUACAAGUGGGGCACCUGGGAGGACAUGAACGACAGUAUCACCAGCCUGGAGCAGUGCGGGGUCACCAUCGAGGAGAACGAGAUGGGGUUCUUCCUGCACCAGCGCGCCUACGUCGACAAGAUCACCGAAGACCAGACCGUGCUGCGUGCGUUCUGUGGGGAGGUCUACUGGCUGGGCGUCAACGCCAUACCCUUCCUACUCGCGUGGGUCGCCGAGCUCCAGUCGAAGAUUCCUGAGGGCACGCGCAGUCUGUUCACGGCCGCCAACAACAUC